GCUGGUAGCGCUGAAUGGCGUAGGAUCCAUAAAAUCAGCUGUUUUUGUUUUAGCAAAAAGAAAAGGAAAAUUCUCACAAGAACAUAUUUCAAUGAAUUGCGUGAAAUCGCGGAAGUAGUCAACGAAUAGUUUUCCGUAGUUCAGUUUAGUGCUGGAAUUGGAGUGAAGAUCUCCAGCGAAUGAUCUCUUUCCGGGUGUUCUUUGGGUGAUGAAAUUCGCAAAAUGGAUCCGCUAAAAACACCAACAAAGAAUUCCAAGGCGUCCGGAAGCAGCAUUCCGCUCACGAUUCGCUUCAAUGCCAACGAGGAGAGCAUCUGCGAGUUCAUGAAGCCAGCCGAGAGGGCGGAGAGUCUCUCGGGGAGUCCCCAGAACACGGACGAAAAUAGCUGGCGACGUGACUUUCUGCAAGGUGGCUUCUUCAAUCGCAAGCGCUCCGGCAGUCCGGACAGCCAGGCGUCCGGGCUGCUGUCCUCGUCCGAGGGCAACACCUGGAAGCUCAUCAAGGGCAAGGUGACACAAGCCAUGGAGGACAUCAAAGCCCCAAGGCAGGAGAUCCCACCGAAAACCUCGAGUGACGCUGGUGUUGACGAUUUGGAGUCGGAUUUGGACUCGAUGACCGUCAACAGUUCUGUUAGCGAGGAGUUUUGCGAGGCUCAGACCUCCCGCGAUAUGGCGAAGCGCAUUGUCGGCAAGACAAAUGAUUCCGACAGUGAGAAUGACGUUGACUCAGACAUUCUCAAUCUCGAUCAGGACGCCAAGGUGACGGGAAAGCGCUCUCCAGCGCCAAAAGCAUCUUCCAACAAUGCCAAGAAGUCUCUCAUGGCGAAGUUCAACAAGACCAAGAGGAGCGACGAAGCCGCAUCGCUGUCCUUCCUGCGGCGUCGGCGUGUGGAGGCCGGCGCAAAGGUUGAAAAGCCACCGGUGGAGAUUGAGUCAGGCGUGGAGAUGCUGGAGGACAUGAUUCUGCCGUCUGAGCAAGAAGUGCCACCGCCUCCAGUGGAGAGUCAACAGAGUGCAUCGAAUUCAUCGACAUCGCCCAACGAGGACACAUCCAUCGUCGCUCCACAGUCCAAUCCAGUGCCAACAUUGAGAGAGGAAACGAAGCCCACAACGUUAGAUUUACUCCGCACUUUUCUAUCGCAUCUCUACGCCCAGCGCAACUUCACGAUCGCCUGCGGUCUGCUGCUGCUCUGCGUCCUGGCGCCCAUCCCACCCUUCAUGCAGGGCGUCUUGGCGUGCCUGUUCGCCAUGCUCUCCCUCACAACACUGUACGACAUCGCCGUGGAGCUCGUGAGUGCGUCGCUGGCGAAGAGUGGCGGUCCCGAGAGGGGUGAAUUCGCUAUUCCUGACUUUGAGAGCAUGCCAAUAUGUCAGGUUCCUGCAGUUGAGGAGCAUAAAUCUCUGAAAACAUACACGGGUUGGAUGAAUGAGAUUAACAACUACGAUCCUGCCAAUUAUCACAUUUCCAUGACAAGGAGUGUCUUUGUGAAGCUUGAUGGGUCAAAUUUGAGAAUUUCCAGUGCGGCCGAUCGUGUGCCGAAGCGUUCAAUGUGGAAUGAACAGCCGAUUGAUAAGAAUUCGAUAAGCUUCAUCAAGCAUCGGUUUUACAAUCUUUUGGGGUGUCGCAUUGAAAUGUGUCCCAAAGGAUUGGCCAGGAAGAGGUAUUUCAGUCGAAAAUAUCCCAUCCAAUUGACAAUUUCGCAGUCAAAAGUGGAGCUGAAUCAGGAGAAUUUUGGCGCGGAUGAAGUCAGCAAGGCAAUUGUGAACUCAAUCACUGAGGAAUUGGUGACGAAUCACUUUGCUGAUGCUGAAGAGAAGGGCGGCGGUGAGAAGACUGGAAGCAACAGCUACAAUAAUGAUCUCGGAAGCACGAUAAUGAACUUCAAUGUGGACUCUGUGACGCAGAUGACGGAGCAGAGUGAUGCGACGCUGAAAGAGGCGCCCAGUGGUGAUGAUGUGAGAUUGCUCCUGUUCGCCCGGUGCGAUCGCGAGAAGGAGGAUUGGUUUAGGCGCUUCUCGGCAGCGAGUAGUGGGUCUGUGGUGGAUUCUGAUUGUCACAUUCCGGACAUGGUGAUGCUGACGGACGAUGAGGUGGUGAGCAUAAAGCUGGCGAGCAGUCUGGAUCUGAAUCAGCCGGGAGAGAAUUCUGAUGAGAAAACCAAUGGACCGGAUGUAGCGAAAAUGGCGGAGAAGAAUGGCAAGGAGACUGAAGGCGCUGGAAGUCACAGGAGCAGCAUUGCGUCUGCUUAUGAGGGACUUUUGAUAACAACCUGUGCAACAAGAGGACCUGUUGACUAUCUGAAAUUCAUGUCGAAAUAUCAGCAAGCUUGUUCUUUAAGUAAUACACCCAAUUAUCGUCCCACUCCUGAAUCAAGUAGCAAGAAAAAUCGCCGUGAGAGGAAAGAGGAUGAAUUGUGGAGAGGAAUUGAUCAGAGUCUCUUUCUGGGACCGUCAGGAAGUGUCGUGUGGGCGAAUGUGCUGGUCGGGAGGAUACUCUUCAGCUGUCUCACCGAUGCUGUGCUGCAGGAGAAAAUCCAGGAGUUCCUGCAGAAGAAGCUGAGCGCAAUAAAACUGCCCGGAUUCAUGGAGGAUGUGAAUAUUGCUCAAAUCUACCUGGGCGACAAGCCGCCACUGAUCCACAAAGUGUCUCAGCCGAUGCUGGAUGAGCGAGGGACGUGGAUUGACGCGGACAUCACGUAUGAGGGACUGAUGCACAUGACCAUCACCACGAAACUCAAUUUGAUGAGGCUCAGGCGACAGCAGCAGAACUCAGGAGGUGAUCUCGGUGUCAUUGUGCCGGACUCAAUUGGCCUGACGAAUGGAUCGUCGUGUGCAAUCUAUGACAGUGACGCUGAGAGCACAGGUGGCUCGAGUUCGGAGUCUGAGAGUCAGCCACCGGCGAAGCCAGAGAAUGUCGCAGACACGCAGCAGUCAUUCUCGUCGGGGAGCAGCAGGAAGUUCCUGCGAAUUGUGGACAGAAUCACAGCGUCCAAUCUCUUCCAAUCGGCCACGGAGAUCUCGUACAUUCAGCGUGCCAUGGAGAAUAUGAGCACGAAGUUGACACUGAGGGCAGAAUUGAAGGGUCUGGUGGCCAGGGUGACGAUUAAUCUACCACCGCCGCCGUCGGACAGGAUCUGGAUUGGCUUCCGUGGUCCGCCGCGCAUGUGGAUCACGGCGAAACCCACCGUGGGCGAUCACACAUUCGACUGGAGUAUUGUUACGAAUAUUAUUGAGAGCAAAUUGUGUGAGGAAGUGUAUAAGUAUCUCGUGUACCCAAAUAUGGUUGACAUUAUUGUGCCCUUCCUGGGACAGUCGACCUAUCAGGAAAUGUAAGUUGUCUUAUGAUAUUUAUAAUAUUUAUUGCAAUUUGCCACAAUUUAUUACCAGUGUUGCCCAAAAGAUAUUUAUUUUGGAAUGAAGCCUAGAGAAUUUGGUGUUUCAACAAGACGAAUUUAUCAGUUGUAUUUUGUUCUCCCUCUUUAUCAAAAUGUCUCUAAAAUACCUUUAGAAUUGCGCCUGAAAGGUUUGAAUGUACAAAGAAGAAGAAGAAAAAAUAACUAAACUUUCCAACUGCUGGAUUUCGAAAUAUUCGAUCCAUAAUUCUUUCCACCUUCAUAUGAUGUUUUUUCCUGUUUUCUUUCCCGAAGAGGACGCACGUCGCCAGAGCGAUGAUGCGAUCAUGUUUGUGCACUUGUGGAUGAUGAGAGUGCGUUAGAUGAAAUUUGUAGCUAUUUUGUGAAUAUUGAUAUGGCAUAUUUGCCUCUGUGUAUUAAAUAAAUGAGAAAUAUCAUGAUAGAAACUGUGGCUGUAAAUGUUUUUUGAAACAAAUUUAAACAUGAUAGAACACCUAAAGAACAUUUUAGUUAAUCCAAUUUAUUUCUAUACUAUAUUUUAUUACACCCUUAGACAAGUAAAUAUGUAGUUUUUGUGAGUUACCCUGUAUAUUUUCAGUUAAAAUACACUAUUUGCAAUAUGUUGAGCUUUAUUGAAUUUGCGCAUUUUUCUCACUUUCCAUUUGAUGUCAUUUAAGCUAGGAAUUUUCUUGUUCUUUUUUUUCUCUCCUUCUUUAAAUUGUAAAUAUGAUAAUGAGACCAUCGUGAUUUCUUUUCACUUGUCUUUUCUAUGGCCUUUUUAUCAUCAAUUUUGCGGCAGCACAUUGAAUAUGCUCGUGAGUAAUCAAAGUGAAUUAUAAAUCAGUUGGAAAAGUGUAAAAUAGGAAGUUUUUCCCUUGUGGUAAAAUGUGUUGAACUUGCGCUGUUCUUUAAUUUAACGACUUUCUUUUGUUUUCUAUAAUUUUCCUCUGAUCUCUCCCAGGUAAUUAAGAAAGACGGUAAGGCAACAUGAAAGAAAAGUUGUACAAACUUUCUGGAAAACUGUUUGACUUUAGCGAAUGUUUAGUUAGUUUUCAGUGUAACUGUGGUUCUUUUGGCUUAUAAAAGGGAUUUUCCUCUGCAACACUUCAUCACAGUGUGAUUUUACAUUUUGCACUGGGUGGAAUUUUCCAGUGAGAGCAAUAGAGAAAUGGAGCCGGAUAUUAAGAUAAUGUCUGUUGUGAAGAAUCACAUGGAAUUCUGUGGUGUGAUUGUCGGUUCGCCCCUGAAGCAGCGCAUUAUGAGCACCUUCACCGUGCUUUCGCUGAUUUAUUUCUCAGCACCGCAGGUUA